GCUCAUUAUUCAGGAGCAGGUAACUCUGAACGUUUGCUCAGUUCCAUUAUUAUUAGGGGACUUCUCUGUCUCUCUCUCUCUCUCUACUGCUAAUAGAAGAAACUGUUCUAUUAUUACAUAAUUAUCUCAUUCAGCAUCGGUUAUUUCUUUCUUUCAGGUAUUUCAGAAGUGAAGAAUAUCUGAUUUGCACCAUGACGAUCUACCAGGCUUUGCAAUUUCAUGGCAAGAACUUACUCAAACAUAAUCUAAAAUUAAUUUGCAGCAAUUAUCGCCAUGUAUCUGUAACCUGUGACAUUCCCUCUAGAAUUGCACGACCACGUAAAGCUCACCUUGUGUUGCAAGAUGGAAGCUAUUACCAAGGAUAUUCAUUCGGCCAUGAAAGUUCUUGCAGUGGAGAAGUUGUAUUCAAUACAGGUCUUGUGGGAUAUCCUGAAGCCCUUUCAGACCCAAGUUAUCGAGGACAGAUAUUGACAUUGACAUAUCCAAUUGUUGGCAAUUAUGGAGUCCCAGACACCAAUAUUAAGGAUGAGCAUGGACUAAUGUUGAAUGUUGAAUCUGAUCGCAUCCAUGUUUCUGGUUUGAUUGUACAAGAUUAUUCCCACCAACACAGCCACUGGAAUUCAGUCAAAUCACUCUCCCAGUGGCUUAAAGAAGACGAAAUACCUGCCUUGUAUGGUAUUGACACCAGGAUGAUAACAAAGAAAGUUCGCGACAUGGGCACAGUCUUAGGAAAGAUUGAAUUUGAAGAUCAGCCUGUGGAAUUUAUUAAUCCAAAUACUCGAAACCUGAUGGCAGAAAUCUCAACAAAUGAAGUAAGAUACUAUGGAAAAGGGAACCCUUAUAAGAUUGUAGCUGUUGAUUGUGGGAUUAAGCACAACAUGAUUAGAAGUUUGAUCAAAUUCCUGAAUCAAAAUAGACCAGAGCCUCUCUUUGGAAUCUGUAUGGGAAACCAACUGACUGCUUUAGCUGCUGGUGCUCAGACUUAUAAGUUGGCACUUGGAAAUCGUGGCCAUAACCAACCUGUUGUGAAUGUUCUAACUAACCAGGCAUUUAUCACAUCACAGAACCAUGGCUUUGCCAUUGAUAGUAGUUCUCUGCCAGAAGACUGGAAUGUUUUGUUUGUCAAUGCCAAUGACAAAACUAAUGAGGGUAUUAUGCACAAAUCACGUCCUAUAUUUACGGCCCAGUUCCAUCCUGAAGCUUGGGGAGGUCCAACAGAUACAGAGUUCCUAUUCGACUAUUUCCUUGAACUUGUCAAAACUCAGCAGCCCUCUGUGUACCAUAUUUUGAAACCAGCACCUAAAGUUCAACCUCUUGUAAAGGUCAAAAAAGUACUUGUAUUGGGCAGUGGUGGACUGUCUAUUGGUCAAGCUGGAGAGUUUGAUUAUAGUGGUUCUCAAGCUGUGAAGGCUCUAAAGGAAGAGGACAUUCAGACCGUGCUGAUGAAUCCUAACAUUGCUUCAGUACAGACGAAUGCUGAAGGGGCAAAACAGGCAGAUAUCGUUUAUUUUCUGCCAAUCACAACAGAAUUUGUGACAGAGAUCAUUAAAAGAGAGCGUCCUGAUGGUUUACUACUUUCCAUGGGAGGUCAGACAGCACUGAAUUGUGGUGUGGAGUUGUAUCGUAAUGGUAUUUUGAAAGAAUAUGAUGUAAAGGUACUUGGUACGCCCGUUGAAUCAAUUGAGGCAACUGAGGAUCGCCAGAUUUUUGCAGACAGAUUGAUAGAAAUCAAUGAGAAAUUAGCCCCCAGCUUUGCUGUGGAAAAUUUGAAAGAUGCAUAUAAUGCAGCAGAAACCAUUGGAUAUCCUGUUAUGGUGAGAGCUGCCUAUGCUCUUGGCGGUCUUGGCUCUGGAGUAUGCUAUGACAAGCAGUCUUUAAAAGCUGUUGUGAACCAUGCUCUGGCAGUGACAAAACAAGUUCUUAUUGAGAAGUCUCUGCUUGGCUGGAAAGAAGUUGAAUAUGAAGUAGUACGUGACUGUCAAGACAAUUGUAUUACAGUUUGCAAUAUGGAAAACUUUGAUCCACUUGGUGUACACACAGGUGAUUCUAUUGUUGUUGCUCCCAGCCAAACCUUAUCCAACCAAGAGUAUCAUAUGCUGCGGGAGACGGCCAUUAAAGUUGUCCGACACUUUGGCAUUAUUGGAGAGUGCAAUAUUCAGUAUGCUCUUCACCCAACAUCAUUAGAGUACUGCAUUAUUGAAAUCAAUGCUCGUCUUUCUCGAAGUUCUGCUUUGGCUUCUAAGGCCACUGGGUACCCAUUAGCAUUUAUUGCUGCCAAACUGGCUCUGGGUAUUCCUUUGCCCAGUCUUGAAAACAAAACAACCCAAAUGACAACAGCCUGCUUUGAGCCAAGUUUAGAUUACAUCGUUACCAAAAUUCCACGCUGGGACCUUGAUCGCUUCCAAAACAUUUCCAAAGAGAUUGGCAGUUCAAUGAAAAGUGUCGGUGAAGUGAUGUCAAUUGGACGGACAUUUGAAGAAAGUCUACAGAAAGCUCUUCGGAUGACACACCCUUCCAUUGAGGGAUUUAGCCCCAAGCUGCCUGCAGGUAAGACCUAUCCACCUGAGUUUGACCUUGAAGCAAAUCUGAGGGUGCCAAACAACACUAGGAUUCAUUCAAUAGCAAAGGCAUUCCACGCUGGUUACAGUGUUGAAGAUGUGCAUCAGUUGACACAAAUUGAUCGGUGGUUCCUGCACAAACUCCUGAGUGUUGUCAACUUAGAGAAAGAUCUUGCUUCAUAUUCAAAGGAAACUAUUGAGGAAGAAAUGCUGAGGCUGGCAAAACAAGCCGGUUUUUCUGAUAAGCAGGUUGGAAAUGUGUUGGGAAUCAGUGAAGAUGUAGCUCGAGGGCUGCGAAUCAAGAAAAAUAUAAUACCCUGGGUUAAACAGAUUGAUACAAUGGCAGCUGAAUACCCUGCAAAAACCAACUAUCUGUAUUGUUCUUACAAUGGAAUGGAACAUGAUCUUCAAUUUGGAGAUCUUGGAACAAUGAUUCUUGGAUGUGGUCCGUAUCAUAUUGGCAGCAGUGUAGAAUUUGACUGGUGUGCAGUAUCUGCUAUCCGGUCCCUCAAAGAAGCUAAUCGCAGCACCAUUGUCAUCAAUCAUAACCCUGAGACUGUAAGUACUGACUUUGAUGAAUGUGACAAAUUGUAUUUUGAAGAACUCUCUCUUGAACGUGUACUUGAUAUUUACCAGCAUGAGAACUGUAAUGGCAUCAUUGUUUCUGUUGGUGGUCAAGUCCCUAAUAACCUUGCCCUGCCACUUUACAACCAUAAUGUGCACAUAUUUGGUACAAGCCCUUUGAUGAUUGACAAUGCUGAGAAUCGAUCUGUUUUCUCUGCUAUCCUUGAUGAAUUGAAUAUAGACCAACCAGAAUGGCGAUCCCUCAGCUCAUUGGAUGAGGCACUGGAUUUUGCCGCCAGCGUCGGUUACCCAUGUCUACUACGUCCGUCUUACAUACUGAGUGGCUCAGCCAUGAAUGUAGCUUAUGAACCAGAGGAGUUAGAGACAUACCUACAACAGGCAACUCAAGUGUCAAUGGAGUAUCCAGUGGUCAUCACAAAAUUUAUUGAAGGAGCUAAGGAGAUUGAAAUGGAUGCUGUAGCUGACCACGGUCAUGUUGUUAGCCAUGCAAUCUGCGAACAUGUUGAAAAUGCUGGAGUCCAUAGUGGUGAUGCUACCCUCAUUCUACCCACACAAAGCAUUUCAAAAGAAGUUCUGAAAAAUAUCCGGGAAUCAACUGCCAAAAUUGCCAAAAGAUUUGAAAUCACAGGUCCAUUCAAUAUUCAAUAUAUUGCUAGUGAGAAUUCAGUCAAGGUGAUUGAAUUGAAUCUUCGUGCUUCCAGGUCAUGUCCCUUUGUUUCUAAAACAAUUGGUACUGACUUUGUAGCCACAGCCACAAAAGUUAUGACCAAUCUUCCUAUUGAAAGGAACCAUUUGCCCAGUCUAGAUAACCCUAUGGAUCCCAAAACAUAUGUAGGCAUAAAGGCGCCCAUGUUUUCCUGGCCCCGUUUGAGGGAUGCUGAUCCUUUGCUGAAGUGUGAAAUGGCUUCCACAGGUGAAGUUGCUUGCUUUGGGUCAACGAAGUACACUGCCUUCCUGAAAGCUAUAAUGUCUUCUGGUUUCAAAAUGCCACGUCAAGGGAGUAAUGUAAUGAUUGGUGUACAACAUUCUUUCCAUUCUAAUUUUCUUCCAUUGGCCAAAAAGCUUUCAGAUCUGGGAUAUAAGCUGUUUGCAACUGAUGCAACAGCACAUUAUUUGAAUGCACACAAGAUAAACACACAAGCAGUUGCUUGGGCUUUGACUGGAAAUGAAGAACAAGAUCUACCUGUAGCUACAAAAAUGAUCCAGGAUAGAGAAAUAGACUUGGUAAUCAAUCUGCCAAACCAUCAAACAAAAUACAUCAAGGACAAUUAUCUCAUCAGACGAGCAUCCAUAGACAAUGCUGUUCCUUUGAUAACGAACUUUGAGGUUGUCAAGCUGUUGGUUGAGGCACUCGACUAUGUUGGUGAUAUGAAAGCUACAAGCCUGUUUGAUUACCGCAACCCAAAAGCAAAACAGAGACAAGCUGAUUAGCUGACUAAGAACAAAAACUAACUCUUCUCAAACAUCACUAUAAGGAUUCAUUCAAACUAUUGAAUGUCAGGGACACAACUUAAAAUACACAGCUAUUCUUCUCCUAAUCUCGAUAAACUGUUUUUAAAUUCUACUUCAAGAACACAGCUCCAAUAUCCUAUGUAUUCUAUUUUAUAAUGGAUUACAUACAUACAUACAUACAUAUAUAUAUAUAUAUAUA